AGAGAUCAGCCUAGCCUCCCUGUGUCGGCUCAAAACCUACGACCACCUCAAGCUCCACCUCUCAAGGCGGUUCUGCAAGUUGUCGAUGAUGGGCUUCCCAUAAAACUUCUCAACGUAAGCACCAGCUUGUCGGCUUCGUCCUUCGCAGCCAUGUCCCUGAGCAGAAUAACGAGCCGGGUCUCGAGGACCGUGCUAAGUCAGUGCCGCAACUCGGCCCUCCUCAUCGGCCGCCAUGAGAACAAUCACUUUCAAAAUUCAUCGAAUAUAUUAAUUUCCUCGCGUGGGCUAAGUGAUAAGGUGGUACCUGGUCAGGUUUCAUUGCUGCACCAUUCAUCCCUGAAAGCAUCAGGCUUUCAGUGGUUCGGGUUCUCUUCAUCCGCAAAUUCACAGCCCAAUGAAAAAGAGACAGUCCAGUCUACAAAUAAUCAUGAAAAUAGAGAGCCAGAUGACGAAGCCUCUGCAUCUGCAACUGAUGCUACUCAAACUGAAGCUGACGAAAAAACCGAAUCAGGUCCUCAAAUUAGUACUUCCGGGACUCCUAAGAGGAAAAGAGGUGUUAAACGAGUUGCAUUUUCUGAUGUUGAUUCUGAUUCAGAUUUGGAGGCUGACCUCUCCAGGGAUGACCUGGUGAAGCUCGUGGCCGAGAAGGAACAACUUCUCGCCACAAAGCAGGAAGAGCUGGAGCAGGUGAAGGAUACAGCCAUGAGGUCAUUGGCUGAGAUGGAAAACACAAAGGAGCGUACUCGACGUGAAGCCGAAAAUGCCAAGAAGUUUGCUAUUCAGAGCUUUGCUAAAAGCCUUUUGGAUGUGGCGGAUAAUUUGGGUAGGGCUUCUUCUGCUGCCAAAGAGAGUUUCUCAAAAGUGGAUGUGUCUAAGGAUGCAUCUGUAGCCACUCAACAGCUCAAAACACUACUUGCAGGUGUUGAAAUGACUGAAAAACAACUGAAUGAGGUAUUUAGAAAGUUUGGGCUAGAGAAAUAUGACCCAGUAGAUGAAGAAUUUGACCCAAACAGGCAUAACGCUGUGUUCCAAGUUCCGGAUCCUUCCAAGCCAGCUGAUCGUGUUGCAGUUGUUCUAAAGGCUGGAUAUAUUCUGCACGAUCGAGUUAUAAGGCCAGCUGAAGUUGGUGUAACAGUGGCAGCAAACAACGAGGAGGGUGAAAAGACAUCUGAGGACUGAGCCAACACCAACAUAGUUACUUGUGUACAAUGAUGGUUCGAUUUCCGGCUGUUAAAUUUAUCUUUAAUUUGGAUAAAAGCCUUGAGUUGCUCAUGGGUUUCAGUAGGGAGGAUUAGAACUAUGAGCUUUUCCUUUUCCUGAUCUAUGAUCUGUUUAUUGUUCUUUCUCAGUUGAUAUUUUCAGAAAUGACUCAUGCUGGUUAAAAUUUUUGGGUUUUCUAGAUAAAUUUGAUCUUGUUACUGGUCCCUGGAAGUGUGUGUUAAUAAAAAAUGUACGCACGUUAUUGGUGGUACCAUAAAUGCUAUGGGGUCGGUUGUGUUGCAUCACUUAUGGAAGAACAUUUACUAUGAUAUAAUAAUAUCUUUUGAUGUCUGA